CAGCGAGCUUGGCUGGGACCAAACAUGAGAGGAAAGGAUGGUCCAGGUGGCGAAACGAGCAGAGAACUGUAGGGAGACCCUGGAUGUUGAUGAUAUCGACCAAGAGGCGAAGCUCGACCUAGCGGAGGAAUUGUUUGUGUCUUGCCGUUUUACCGAAGCGGCAACGAUCUGUAGUACCGCGUUGAGUGAAGAUUCAAGCUACACAUCGCCCAACAGCAACUUCAGUAGCACCAGCACCAGCUCGACCGCCACCACCUCCAGUGGCAGCCAUGAUUCAGCUGGUUCGGCUCUGGUGGUGGCCAUUGGCGACCACGUUAUUGCGCCUGUAGGAGAAUGUGGCACCUCCGACCUCAUUGUGGCGGUGUUACUUCAGUGCGGCUUUGAGCUCCAGCGAACAGAGGAGUGGGCACGAUGUCGAGCUUUCUACGGCACAACCCGCGCAGUACCCUUUGCCGUUGCUAUUCUCUGGCUGCGUUUGCGGCUAGCAGGAGGAGAGUUGGAGCUUGUUCGAAAAAACCUUUCGCAACUACGGGCGGUACUUGGUGAAGAAGUGCGGCGCUGCACGCCCACGGUAACCGCCAACAACAGCGACUUCCAGAGGGCAGACAGUCGAGCUGUAACACAAGCGUUGGCGAACUACUCGGAAGCGACGGAGAUGCUGGUCGUCCAGAUACUGGUUCCUUGCGGAGAGUUCACCGAAGCCGUAGCACUUGUUUCGAGCGACGACUACCUCAGCCCGAAGGACAAGAGCCAACUUCUGAAAGCCUGCGAACAAUCCGCGUCAGAGAGAGAAAGGGAGUCAGGUGCGCUAGCCGGAGAAGGAGCGACGGGGAAUGCGAGCAACACGCCCGCUCGCAGUCGCAGCCCUUGCGGUCGUGGCGGCCCUCUACAUUCGUCGUAUCGGGGGGAUUGCAGAGAAGAAACUGCGGGAGGGCCACAACGCGACCGACGCACACGAUUAGAAAACCUUUCGUCUCCAGACGCACUAGGUGCAGCGUUUUGUCGUCAACAACGGCAACAGCAGCAGAGCCCCUUGCAGAAGUUCUUCUCAGAUGUCUCGGACUGGACGCCGGAAGCUCGUGUGCAACUGGCGGUGCGGGCAGGCGCAGCCGGCCUGGCCGCGUACGCGGCGUUACGGAAUCGAGAUUCUCUUUGGCGGGCCGCGCGUAGCGUCGCAGGUGUGGCGGCCCGAACGGCGGGUGAUGUAGGAGCGUUUAUCGUUGGCUCGUCGUAGGGCAAGUCGAGAGUCCGGCAAUGUAAGGGUACACGGCGGUGUCAAUGUGAUGCGGUGUCCUCCGGUGGUGUUUUGGCCAAGGAGAGAGGGUCCAGAAUAAAUAGAACGGGCAGGGUCGUGCCACAAGUGGACCGCCCGCUCAAAGUAGCAAGCGACACGUGAAUGGUCCAUGUUUCCAUCAGUGGUCUCCGGAGUCCCCAUGGUUCUCGGAAAGCUUCUCGGGAUUGAUUCUCGAUAUCAUUUGAAUUAGUCUUGUCCGCAUGGAUCCUAAUCUGUCCAAUAUACCUGUCGUCCACAACAGGAUUGGACAAGAUACACGGGUAGGAAUAACACACACGCGAAAAAACGCGAGAGAGCGCAUGAGCUUUGGUGUGUGCAUGGGAGUCAAAAACAGUUAAUGAUUGACAUACUUUCUUGGGCAACGAGGACCAUGCUAGCUGUGGUGAAAGUGGGAGAAGAGGUUUUCAUGCACCUGGCGU